AUGUCAUUAUCGUCAGACUCUGACAGCGACACAGGCAAGCGUAAAGGCUUUAAAAUCGGUUCAUCGGGGACUCCAGUUCGCUGGAACGGAGACGACUGGACUUUCUACAAGCAUGCCAUGAUUAAUGCUUUCGAGGAGAGCUUAUUGGAUCAGAUCGCUAUCGGAAAGGAGACUUUGGACGAUACUUGGAAUGCUGAACAGAAAGAUGAAUUCAAGAAGAAGCAAGCGAAGAUCAAGAUAUUGAUUCAAGGAUCGCUUUCGAUGAAACUUGCGAAGCAAGUGAUGAUGAAAGGGACAGGCACGGAGAUGUGUUCCGAACUCGUAUCGAUAUAUGAGGGCAAGACAAAUCCUGCUAUGACCGCGCAGAAGGUGUAUCGCUUACAAGGCGAGCUACACAGGACUCACAUGCGUGGAAAGGGCAACGUGCGAAGCCACCUACACAAGCUUUUUGAUAUUAGAAAUCAACUUGCGGAUUUAGGCUCGCCCCUGAAUGACUUGCAGAUGGUGGAUCGAAUGCUGCGAAGUCUUCCGGCACUAACGUGCUAUGAUGAAUUACGACGCAAAGUCUUAUUAAGCUCUAAUAUGACGAAGUACACACCAGAGCUACUUCGAGAGAUGAUCAUUACUGCUGAAUCGAGAAGUGAAGACUGGGAAGGUAAUAUCUUCGGCUACAAGGAGCGAAAGAGGACCCAGGGCACGCACGGUGGCAGUAAACAAGGUAGGGGGCCACACAAACCUUUGGACAAGAAGUCAGCAACCAAGACAAGGAGUGAUGGUUGUUAUAAUUGUGGUGGGGAUCAUUUUAAACGUGAUUGCCCGGAUCUGGAUGGAAAGAAGAACGCAAGAACAAAUUACGCGUGUUCAGGCGGGACACCAUUAGAACAAGGAGUCAAAGAAAAUCGGGACGAUGAAAGUGAAGAUGCACAAAAGCGUGAAGUCGUGAUUGGAGAAGUUGUCAAGCUUGUCGAUAAAGACUAUGAACCUUGUCGAUGGUACUUUGACACGGAGUCCAAUGCACAUAUCACAGCGUGCAAAGAGUACUUCACGACGCUGCAAAGCAUGGAAGAUAGCGAGUGGAACCCAACUAUCUCGGGGUUUGCUGACGGCGUCGAUGCCAAAGCGGAAGGAUUUGGGACUAUCCUUCUUGAAGUUAUGGUUGACGAGCAAAUGGUGAUGUUGAUGAUUGAGGAUGUUUUGUACGUCCCAAGUGCUGGCUGCAACCUUUUCUCACCUGGGUUAUCACUAGACCAAGGAUUUAAGAUGACGUGGGAAAAUGAUGCGCGAUUGUUCGGAAUGAUGAAAGAUGGAGCAGAGGUGAUUCGAACGUCUUAUGAAAACCACCUGUGGACAUUUUUGACUCACAACAUCAGCAGUUGUGUGAACAUAAAGGGCCGCAUUAAAGACAAGAAGACAGUAUUUGCAAACUUUGCUGUUACGGAUGGUGUUGCAGACAUUGACGUCUGGCAUGAAGGACUUGGAUAUGUAUGUCCAGAGUACAUCAGGCUGAUGGUUGAUCGUGGAUUAGCUAAGGGUAUCAUGCUUCAACGCCGGGGUAAAGUUGACUGUGCGGAUUGCCACUUCGGCAAGCAACGCAGAAAGACAUACCGUAAGACACUCGAAAGGAACAUCACGAGAGUGAAUGAUGUUAUUUUCGCUGACUUACUUAUACCUGGGGUGAGUAAUGGAUCACCAUAUUCCGCGGUUCUAGUGGUCGUGGAUGGCUUCUCGCGCUACGUGAAGACCUAUUUGUUGAAGUCUAAGACCGAGGGCGAAGUGAACCAACAUAUAAAGAAUUAUAUAAAGUGGGCUGAGCGACAACAUGCAAAUCGAGUUGAUCGAAUCAUUUCUCGUGAAUUAAUUGAAGGUAAUGCAGACCAACAAUGUUUGGUACGUCAAGUACUGACUGACAAGGGACAAGAGUUCUGUAAUGGGACGAUGGAGACCUGGUAUACCGAACAUGGAAUUGUGCACACUAAGGUUGGUCCAAAGGCGUCUCAGCUAAAUCUGGUGGAGCGAACGCGUCAGACACUGAUAGGAAUGGUAAAGACAAUGAUGCACCAGUCUGGAUUCCCGAAGUCCUUUUGGGUGCACGCACUAGAAAAUGCUGUGUAUGUAAAGAACAGGGUGUACUGCAAGGGUGCAGGAUGCACGCCUUAUGAAACCGUCUUUGGAUCAAUACCGGACAUCCAUCACGCGAGAUCGUUUGGUUCAUUAACCUACUGCCAUGUCCCAGUGUCGAAGAAGAGAAAAUUAAAUAUGAACUGCAGAAUGGGUUUUCUGCUAGGCUACCGAGAGGAUGUUGUCGGUUGUCACGUGUAUUUCCCGACGGAACACAAGAAAGGCUUCGUAUCGGAGGUGAAGAUCAAUGAAUUAGUCAAAUACAAGGAUCGCUAUGAGAGCUCAUACCCCACAAAGGUCAAGAAAUGGCUGCAUACGUUGAAUGAGUCACUGGAGGAAGGCGAGCUUGUUGCAUAUGCGGAUGAUGACCAAGACAGCGCUUCCCAACUAGCCGAAUAUGACAUUGAAUCAGAGCAGCGCGUAUGCAGUAAUGUUGAGAUGGUCUCGGCUAAAAGCAGCCUAGAUGAGGCUGAUCGAAAUGUAUGGAAUGACAUGGUAUCGUACAGCGAAGCAGUAAACGACAGCGAAGUGAAUGAGAGAUAUGACGAGAAAUUAACGAGUAUCGAUCGACGUACAUGGGACGACAUACUGAAAAAUAGCCGUCUACCCGAUUACGAAUCGUCUAGUGAAGUACAAGAAGGAGAAACUGCCAUAUCGGAUGUCGAUCAAGAGAAGGAGUUUUCGGUCCAAGUUGCAGAAAGUCUCAGCACAGAAAAUGAACAUGACUCCGAAGACGAUGAAGGAUCUAGCUGUGGAGAAGAUGAUGUCGCAUAUUCAGACAUAGACAACGCAGAGAGCGAUGAAUACGCUGAAGACGAGGUGGCGAAGUCUAGCAUCGCAGAGCAUGAUGGUGACGAAAACGAUGGAGUUGCUAUCGCACGGGCUGACACUAACGAAUUUGACAGCGACGAAGGUGAUUUAGAUGACAUAUUGGAUCGUCACAUUAUCGAAUACGACAUCGGAGAUAGUAAACUUGAUUACGAUUGUGAUGUGGCGGAUAUCGAGUCAGUGGGUCACGUUACGGAUCUGGUCUCAGUCGACGACGCUGGAUAUGACUCCGGUACAGAUGCAAACAAGUGGGACUAUCUCUUCGACCCAAAUGAUGAACGUGAAGCUUACGACGAUCAAGUUACCGAGCGACAAUUGACAAUCCCAUCAAAUCAACUGAUUGGUCAUAUACACCCUAGAGACGAAGAAAUUCGACGGACGCGCGACAAGAAGCGUACCAAGUUACAAGCAAAACGACUGAUGGUUGCUGCAGCACGGCGCUCAAAGCUUCUGAAUAGUGGAGAGCAACAACAGCCCGAAAGACGUCAAGAUACCAAAGAAUUACAGGCAGGCUAUGCGAUCGAAGCAUGCUAA